GGUUUCACCGUCGGCUGCAGUCAGCUCCCGCCCGCCAUGGCCAAGACGUACGAUUACCUCUUCAAGCUGCUGCUGAUCGGCGACAGCGGCGUCGGUAAAACCUGCCUCCUUUUCCGCUUCUCGGAGGACGCCUUUAACACGACCUUCAUCUCCACCAUAGGAAUUGAUUUCAAAAUACGAACAGUAGAGCUAGAUGGGAAGAAAAUCAAGUUACAGAUAUGGGACACUGCAGGUCAAGAAAGAUUCCGUACAAUCACGACAGCAUAUUACAGAGGAGCUAUGGGAAUAAUGUUGGUGUAUGACAUCACAAAUGAGAAGUCAUUUGACAACAUAAAGAACUGGAUAAGGAACAUUGAAGAGCAUGCUUCUUCAGAUGUGGAAAGGAUGAUCCUGGGCAACAAGUGUGAUAUGAAUGAGAAACGACAGGUCUCAAAGGAGCGAGGAGAGAAGUUAGCAAUAGAUUAUGGGAUUAAAUUCCUGGAGACCAGUGCGAAAUCCAGCAUAAAUGUUGAAGAGGCAUUUAUUACACUUGCACGAGAUAUCAUGACGAAACUCAACAGGAAAAUGAAUGAAAACAGUCCCCCAGGAAGCAGUGGCCAAGUUAAAAUCACCGCAAAGAAUCAGUCAAAGAAAAGCAGCUUCUUCCGAUGUACAUUGCUUUGAUGGACUUACUAUGACAGACUGCAGCAACCUUUUUUGCUUCUCUGAAAGCACAGUGUUGAUCAACCUCUGAAAUAAAUUCCACCUUCUGCUGCCAAGAGCUCGCUGUUUUGCAGACGACCUGUUGGUCUUGCUGAGUGGGCUGUACAGGUACGCACUCGAGUGUCUCUCUUCGACCGCCCCACUCCCUCACCACCCCCCCCAAAAAAAAACACACACUUUUCAUUGCAAUGAUGAAAACGGUAAUUGCAGAAUUGGAGAUGAGAAUUAUUUGUGUAGACUUUAACCUGAACUGCCUGUCUCAAAAUCUGUUGUCGGUGUCUAGAACCAUCCGUAAAUUAUCUACGCCAAAAACUAUCCUGCUCCCAAAAAAUUUGAACGAAUUAGCGAUAUUCUGUUCUGAUUCUUUAGAACCAAAAAUAUUUCCACUUUUGAUCUCUCUUCCCACUUUUAAUUAUCUGUAGCUGUGUCCCUUACCAAAAAUUAAAAACUUGUAUACCACCUUUUUUUUUCAUUUUGAGCAACAGUUUGGCGUGACUUGAUAAAUGUUAGCAGAAAAUUAAUAUUGUAUGUAACGGCACAUGUGGUCCUGGACUGGUGGAAUUUCUCUAGUCAGUUUUUUUCAUGUUUUGUCAAGUGCCCUGAAGUUUGUUGACUGUUGACUCGAUACUUUUCAGUGAAACUUUCCUUUUGUGAUUGGUUAUGCCAAACGUCCUAGAAUCAAUUAACAGCUCCCAGCCAUCAGCCAAAGUGCUGCAAUAGGCCCCUCAGCCAAUAUGGGGGAUAUCAGCCAAGCUGCCUCCUUUUGAUUUAAUGUCUGUAUUCUGGCUUCUAUCUGUCUCUCCCUGGGCACGCCAUCCCCACCUUGACUGAAGUACUUGUGUGAUAAGGUGGUUAGGGUUUUGUGUGAUGCUCCUUGUGGUUAACCAGCUCUUUGGCUAUUUAGGGCUCUCACAUUUACAAUGGCUACUACGGUCUUAUACAACAGGGUGUUGAUAUUACAGCAAUGAGUUCAGAGGCAGAGCAAUGGAAAAACUCGUGUAACUAAGAACAGAGGGGAAUAUCCCUUCAUAGCCAUUCAAAUAAAUUUGAAUGAAAUGUGCGAUUGGUUUCAAGUGUGGACUGAAUGUAAAUUUUCACUGAUUCUACUGCACUGUAUUUGUUUACUGUCUGUCCCACUCCCUCUUUGGAACUCCAUUCAAAUGACAACACCGUCUCUGCCUCUCUUAAUCAGCUUCUCCAGAUCCCUCUGCAGCACUUUCAAAGCCCAACUUACCCACUGAUACCCUAUGUACUUCAUUGACAGCCCCUCUGUUUUUUGCACUUUUACUAUUAACUGCCUCCUGCUAUUAGACAGACUGCCUCUGGCUCCCUUCUGAUGUGAAUAAACUGCAACAUACUCAGAAAAAAGUGACUUUCUCUCUCAAUGCCAAGAUCUGUGUGCACUAACUGCUGGAACGUUAGAGUGAUCACUCCUUUGAAACCAUAGCUUUUAUGCAUUGUAUGGUAGCAGAGUAUCUGUGGCAUGCUUUUUACAUCUGACAAACUUCAAUAGCGUGCUUUGGAUUGUUUAUAGUUUCAAAGUGUGUUUAAGAACGUUGAACUAAUUCCUUUAUUUAAUUUUUUUUUACAUAAACAAACUGGCUAUAGUCAAGAGCACAUGUCAACUUUCAGUUGCAUCUCAGGUGUCUUAGAAGUUGUAACUUCGUUUGACUUGUCCGUGACUAUUUACUCGUAAUUGCCUUGCUUUAAGAAUGUGUACACUUGUAUAUGCCCAACUCCGAGUACAACUUUCUCCAGCCUGUGACAACUAAAUCAGAUGUGCUUCUUGACCCAGCAGUACGCUGGAGUAUAUGCUCUGAUGUAUAAAAUGUUUGCUAUUUUCUUAAAUGUAGCUACGCUAGAUUGUAAAUACAUCGCGGAAAGCCGUAGGAAGUUCACUUUCCGCAUGGCAAGAGUGAAGUUUCUAAAAGAAACGAUUUGCAUUGGUAAUAAAUGCUUUCUUAUUGUGAACUUAAUUCACAACACUGUAACAGUAAGACUGCAAAACUGGGGGUUGGCUUGCAGUGCAGAUACUAAUUAUUGUGAAGAAAGACUAUUUCCUGUGGAUUUUACUGAAGUAACUUCAUUUCAUAAAAUGAUCAUUGUGUAUGGUUUACAAGAGACUCGACUAUAGAUAAAAAUGCAUACAUGCAGCAGUAUUACUGUUUCCAGGGCUGCACUUUAUUAAUUCUUAAUAAAAUACUUCAGUGUUUAUUUUUAAUCUAGGUCCUGUGGAAUGCAGUGUGGCAUAAGUGAGUUUACUGUAACUCAACUCAUAAGUUUGUGUCCAUGCUGAUAUCAUGUUGCAUAAAACCUGUCCACUUCACUUCUAGACAGAAAUAACAAUAGCGUUUUUCUAUGGCCUUACUACUAGAUUGAUGAAGACACUUAACAGGGACCAUCGUUAUUUUAGUCCAUUGUAUUACAUAUGUUAAAUUGCAUACACUCCCUUUCUCCUUUCCUUCUUUACAAAGAAGCAUCUUUUGAAUUUUUUAAAUAUUUUUUAAACUCUAAGCAUCUGUAAGCAUAUUCGCAAGUCCCUGCCAGUAUUGAAAGAUCUUGCAGCUAAAUGAAUGGGAUGGGUUCCUAUGACAAGUGUUUUAACAUUUGAAUUGGAUUAAUUCACGUGUACUGAUGUUCUGUAGGUAAACUUGAUGGGUUUUAUUAUUCUGUGUGGACUUUUUUUUAUAAUGAGUCUGAAAUAAAGAUUAAAUGGCAAAAUGA